AUGCAUCGAAGGCACACAACCCUUCGGGAGAAAGGCCGGAGACAGGCUAUCCGAGGCCCAGCCUACAUGUUUAACGAAAAGGGCACCAGCCUGACCGUGGAGGAAGAACGCUUCCUGGAUUCUGCGGAAUAUGGCAACAUCCCCGUGGUGCGGAAAAUGCUGGAGGAGUCCAAAACCUUGAACUUUAAUUGCGUUGAUUACAUGGGACAAAAUGCCUUGCAGCUAGCGGUGGGGAAUGAGCAUUUGGAAGUGACUGAACUCCUUCUGAAAAAGGAGAAUCUGGCUCGAGUUGGAGAUGCGCUGCUGUUGGCCAUCAGUAAGGGAUACGUGCGCAUUGUGGAAGCAAUAUUGAACCAUCCAGCCUUUGCACAAGGGCAGCGUCUCACACUAAGCCCCCUUGAGCAGGAACUACGCGAUGAUGAUUUUUAUGCAUAUGAUGAAGAUGGAACUCGGUUUUCUCAUGACAUCACCCCCAUAAUACUCGCUGCUCAUUGCCAAGAGUAUGAAAUUGUUCAUAUCUUGCUUCUGAAAGGGGCACGGAUAGAAAGGCCCCAUGACUACUUCUGCAAGUGCAAUGAAUGUGCUGAGAAGCAGCGGAAAGAUUCCUUCAGUCACUCUCGAUCGAGAAUGAAUGCCUACAAAGGAUUAGCAAGUGCCGCUUAUUUGUCUCUUUCUAGUGAAGACCCCGUUCUUACUGCUUUAGAACUAAGCAAUGAAUUGGCAAGACUAGCCAACAUUGAAACUGAAUUUAAGAAUGAUUACAGGAAGUUAUCUAUGCAAUGCAAGGAUUUUGUUGUGGGUGUACUGGAUCUCUGCAGGGAUACAGAAGAAGUGGAGGCUAUUCUGAAUGGAGAUGUGAACAUAAAAGUGUGGCCUGAGCACCCCCGCCCAAGCCUGAGCAGAAUUAAACUUGCCAUUAAAUAUGAGGUCAAAAAGUUUGUUGCUCAUCCCAACUGUCAGCAGCAACUGCUCACCAUGUGGUAUGAAAAUCUCUCAGGCUUACGUCAGCAGUCUAUAGCUGUGAAAUUCUUGGCUGUCUUUGGAGUCUCGGUAGGCCUUCCUUUCCUCGCCAUAGCAUACUGGAUCGCUCCCUGCAGCAAGCUGGGACGGAUCCUCCGAAGCCCUUUCAUGAAGUUUGUGGCACAUGCAGUUUCUUUUACAAUCUUCCUUGGACUGUUAGUAGUGAAUGCCUCAGACCGGUUUGAAGGAGUGAAAAAUCUUCCCAACGAGACCAUCACGGAUCAUCCCAAACAAAUAUUUAGAGUAAAAACUACUCAGUUCUCAUGGACAGAAUUACUAAUCAUGAAGUGGGUUUUAGGUAUGAUAUGGUCAGAAUGCAAAGAAAUCUGGGAAGAGGGUCCACGCGAAUAUGUCAUGCAUCUUUGGAACCUGCUGGAUUUUGGGAUGCUAUCUAUCUUUGUGGCAUCGUUCACUGCAAGGUUCAUGGCUUUUCUCAAAGCAACUGAAGCACAACAGUAUGUAGACCAGUACGUUCAGGAUGAUGACCUCAGUAAUGUCACCCUUCCCCCUGAAAUUGCUUACUUUACUUAUGCCAGGAACAAGUGGCUUCCCUCGGACCCUCAGAUCAUAUCAGAAGGACUAUAUGCAAUAGCUGUGGUACUCAGCUUCUCCCGUAUUGCUUACAUUCUUCCAGCCAAUGAAAGCUUUGGCCCUCUUCAGAUCUCUUUGGGAAGGACAGUGAAGGAUAUCUUCAAAUUCAUGGUCAUCUUCAUCAUGGUGUUUGUUGCCUUCAUGAUUGGAAUGUUCAACCUUUACUCUUACUACCUUGGUGCAAAAUAUAACCCAGCAUUUACAACGGUAGAAGAAAGUUUUAAAACCUUAUUCUGGUCAAUAUUUGGCUUGUCUGAAGUGAUAUCAGUGGUGCUGAAGUAUGAUCAUAAGUUCAUUGAGAAUAUUGGAUAUGUACUCUAUGGAGUUUAUAAUGUUACCAUGGUGGUGGUGCUGCUCAAUAUGUUAAUAGCCAUGAUCAACAACUCCUAUCAGGAAAUUGAGGAGGAUGCAGAUGUGGAGUGGAAAUUUGCUCGUGCCAAGCUCUGGUUAUCAUACUUUGAUGAAGGAAGGACUCUGCCUGCUCCUUUUAAUCUAGUGCCAAGCCCUAAAUCAUUUUAUUAUCUCAUAAUGAGAAUAAAAAUGUGCCUCAUAAAACUCUGCAAAUCUAAGGCCAAAAACUGUGAAAAUGAUCUUGAGAUGGGUAUGCUGAAUUCCAAGCUACGGAAAGUUCGUUUUCAGUCAAGCGCUCGAAAUUCAGAAAAUUUUACUGUGAAGAAGGCUUAUAACAAGCCCGCGAGAUAUCAGGUGGCAACACGUCUUCCAUCUGGAUUGAACUACCUUGGCCAUCUCCAGCAUACAAAAAUAAUGAAGCGUCUUAUUAAGCGAUAUGUCCUGAAGGCUCAGGUUGAUCGAGAGAAUGAUGAAGUCAAUGAAGGAGAACUUAAAGAGAUUAAGCAAGAUAUUUCCAGUCUCCGCUACGAGCUUCUAGAAGAAAAGUCAGAAGCUACUGGAGAGUUAGCAAAACUAAUACAGCAGCUGAGUGACAAGUUUGGGAAGAACUUAAAUAAGGAUAUUUGAUGGUGAACAAAGAGAAAGACAACUAGUUUUCUAAACAUUAUUUGAUAUUUCAACCAGCAUUUUAAGGGAGCAAAAACAGUGCAAGAGAUGCGUACGGAGUCCUCAACUUUUGCCACCUAAGAAAUAUUG